AUGGCAGUUUGUGGUCUUAGAACGAUUCUUUUGAUUGUUUGUAUUUUAGAGCUAAUUGUUACUAUUCAAAGACAAGUGUUUGACUUCUUGGGCUAUAUGUGGUUACCUAUAGUUACAAAUUUUAUAAACAUUCUUCUAAUAAUAUUUGGUUCUUUUGGAGUUGUCCAGUUGGUAACGAAAUAUCUUAUUGCUUAUGCAAUAUGGAGCUUAAUGUGGUUUGGCUGGAAUGUCUUUUUGAUUUGUUAUUAUCUGAAUGUUGGAGUAUUAAACCGGGAAAGUGGCUUAUUAUCCCUGGGAACAGGAAGUAUAAGUUGGUGGGAGAGUAAUGGAUGGGGUUGUCAACCUGUUUGGGGUGAAGUUAACAGUCCAGGAACUUGGAGACCCGAUAGAGUAGAUGGAUGUUUCUUUCCAUGGUAUCACGUUGAAUUGGCGCAGUCUUCUAUUGCUGCAUUUCUUACUGCCACAGCCUUGCCACUUACUGUACUUCUUGCUUGCCGAUCUUAUAAAAGACAGAAACCGACUUCAGACAAGGGUACCCUGCAACGUCAAGUAUAUACUAUAGAAUUAAGCCCGACCGAAACAAAUAUAAGUGAAAGUUCUCUAAAGCCCAUGACUCCAAGACGAGUGAAGCGGCGAUCUGGUUCGCGAGGCGCGGGGUCUUCGGUGAGGCGUUCGCGGCGGUCCUACAGGAACGCUGGUUAUAUGGCAUCUAAUGCUUCCUUACCGUCCGAGUCUAGGCCUUCCCGUCCCACUUCAGCGCAUUCUUCUUAUUCGAAUUUCCACGCAGCCCGCCCGAAUUCGUACCACCCUACCGAUAGGGAAGGCACACUACGGUCGCAAGACGCGUAUGAACUGCCACCGCCGCCUGCAGAGUCUAUACCAAUCAUUACUAACCGGUAUGAAACAGUGCGACGGAGCGUCAAGUCGGAACGUGGACACGAUGUAGUCGGACCUUACAAUGAGCCAAAUAGAUACGACCCCCCGCGGAAUUAUGAAAAUAAUGGAAAACCUUAUGAUAAAAUCGGUCGAGUUUAUGACACGCAAAGCUACGAGAGCAGAAUUGAAUCUAUGUCCCCAACUGAACCCACGUAUGGUGGAAGUGGUUACUGUAUGAGCGGUUACCCAGUCGGUGAUGGAGGUUGGGAGGCCCCUCCACCUCCUGCGCCCCCCUACAGCGCUCGUGCAACCCCCCAGGCACCCGGCCCUCCAGCAUAUCAACAAGUAAACGACGCUUACAACAAUAUGAUGCCUUAG